AUGUCGACAACUCCCGACACGCAGCAGCUCGCACCAGGCGUCAUCCUCGGCCCCGACGGCAAGCCCUGCAAGCCAUGCAUGGCGUUCCGCAGCUUUGCUGGCGUCAAUAAGAAGGCGGCGGCCCAGCAGCAGGGCUCGUCCUCGUCGAGCGGCGGCGGCGGCAGCAGCACCGCCUCAUCGGCUCUCGCGGGCGGCGCAGGGUCCGCAGCAGCAGCAGCAGCAACAGCAGCAGCACCGUCGACGUACGCCGAGCCAGUGCUCCCCGCCGACUGCCCACCCGACGUCGAGCGCCUCGGCCGCCACACGUGGACCUUCCUGCACACGACGGCGUCCUACUUCCCUCCCCAGCCCUCGCCGCACCAGAAAUCCGCCAUGCUGUCCCUCCUGCGCGCCCUGCCGACCCUGUACCCGUGCGGCACGUGCGCCGACCACCUCGGGACGUACCUCUCGACGCACCCGCCCGAGCCCGAGGUCGACAAGGGCCGCGACGCGCUCGAGCGCUGGCUGUGCGGCGUCCACAACGAGGUCAACGAGCGGUUGGGCAAGGACAGGUUCGAGUGCGGCGACGUGCCGCAGAGGUGGCGGGACGGGUGGGCCGACGGGCGGUGCGACCCGUGA